CAUGGUGGUGAAGGGGAGGUUGACCAGAUCCUCCCUUUACAUAUAGAUAUCAACUUAUAAAUACCAUGCAUUCCAAUCACACUUUCAGCAGCAUUUCCAUCUAUUAAGCAUUUGUGUGUUUUUUCUGACCACUGUAUUUCAUGUGUUUCUCGUCCUUCCAUCAGAUCUGUCACUUCCUGCCUGCAUUUGUCCUGAUAUUGUGUGUGGCGCGCUAAAUUAUACAGCACCCAGCAAAUCGCGCUGGCUGUUGUGUCGUGCCCUGUGGACGCAGUAGGACACUUUUCAAUCGACAUUUUAGAGUCUCAAAGUAAUCGAUUGUAUGAUAAGAACAUUGUAAGUACUUGUGUCACUUGGUUCUCACCUGCAAACAUGAAGGUGUUUGCCUCCGCCUGAAUCUCCUCGUCUGUUAGGCCUCGUCCGUCCUCAUCCUGUGGAUAGACAGAAUACUUUUUUGACAAAUGUAUAACCCCUGUAGAAGAAGGACAAUAAAAUAAAUAGUUACAAAAAUCAGAGUCCAAUAACUAAGAAUUAUACAGAAUAUUUGAUCUGAUUCUUGUUUCUUCUUCUCUCCUACCUUAGACAGCAGGAUGAUGUCCACAAAAUCCAUCUUCUUCUUCAGUGGUGCUGCGGGGAAACCAGCUCCUGUCUUCUUCCGCUGGCUGAUCAGGGCUCGACGCUUCUGAACCACCUCCAUGAGAGCCAUUUGACUCACCAAGCCACGGACGCAGAUGUCCAUAGAUGAGCUCGUCUUUCACUGUGAUGCUGGCUGGAUGUCGUGGAAAGAGAAGAGAAGAUUAAAGAGGUCGUAUUCUGCUCGUUGUCAGGUUCAUAUUUGUAUUUAGUGACUCUACUGAGACAUGUCUCCAUGUUUUAAUGUUCAAAAAGCUCUUUAUUUUUCUCAUCCUGCCUGUUCUGCAACUCUUUUCACUCCCUGUCUGAAACCAGAGCCCCAUCUGCUCUGAUUGGUUAGCUGUUUCCAGUAAUUAUACAGUACCAGGUGCCAUGAGCAGAGGUUUGAUGUAGUCCGGGUGGAAGAGUCUGACCAGGUGAUAGAAAGGGCCGAUGAACCAGCUGCAGGAGUGUGUGUACAUCUGCACCAAGUCAUCCACCUGCAGGAGGCCUUCCUCUGUGCUCUGCAUCUGAAGCACACACAAUAUUACUUUAAACAAACAUUAAAAUGCACCAUAAGUAACGCUUGUAAAAUGUGUAAUGGUCUGUUGACACUGACCUGAAUUCUCACACCACAAAGAUUUGCAAUAAAAUAUGUUGCAACAUCCUGUAUCUACAUUUCCUUAUCUUGUUUAACAUUUGCCAAGAAUUCAAAUUGUAACACAACCUUUAACAUGCCACCGUUGAGGCACAAAACACAAAUAUGCAGAAUAUGUCCUAUUAGUAAAUGAUCCGAACACUUCCCUCACCAAUGGUUCUACCAGUGUCUGUGUCCUACCUUGCCCAUAUGGCCCAACAACCAGGAGGGUGCAUGUGGCUUGCUGAAGCAGGAAAGUCUGUGUGUGAACCAGGCGUGACGCACCAACAGCUUCACCGUCCACACUGCAACCACAGCUCCCAGUCCGGCACCGACCAGAACCAGCAGCUGACAGAGGCCCGUCCAGCUGAGGAGCUGAGAGAGGCCAACCCAGAGGAGAGACAUCCUGAGAAAGUGAACAGUUUCCAGAGGUGGUUUUACACCGGCUCUGCUCUGACAGUGACUGUGCUCACUAGGAGUAAAUUACCAAUGUUGAAAUAUGCAAAAACCGUUGCACCCAGGUAACGAAACAGGAAGUGCUGUAACCAUUAAGUUGACACCACUUCUUUUGUCUGUUACAAUUGAAUUUAUGCUGUUGAAUUUGGCUGCACAGGUUUCAACACAUUGUACCCGAUAGGCUAAGGGGCGGGAUAUCUCUUAAGUGGUUGACCAACCACACCAGAGCUGGUCAGCUAACCAAUCAGAGCAGACUCGGCUCUAGUUUCAGACAGAGGGUGAAAAGAGGUGCUGCAGCACAGGCAGUAUGAGAAAAAUAAAGAGCUUUUUGAACAUUAAAGCAUGGAGACAUUAGAGGCACUAAAUACUUAUAUGAACCUGAAAAUAAACACGAUAUGUCCUCUUUAAAAACUCGUCACUAUAAAGUGUUAUUAAUUAGUUGGAGCUCCUGAACGCCACACUGAUUGGAACAGGUGCCCGCCGCGCACGCACCUCGCGGGAGCGCACGGAGACAACGAACAAACAUUUGAAUGAUUUCUGCGGUUUCUGCUUGAGAUGACUGAAACUGCAGAAGACAGAUCUCUCCAUGCUCCCUGCUCCUCUCUGUGGUCUCUCAGCUCCAAACAAACAUGUCUACCAUCUGAAUCCCCUCUGCGGCCUUCCUGGAUGAACGACCAGUACGUGGAGAUGCAGUCGAGUCCGGCGUCUCCUUACAAGGGACUCUUCUGCACCUCCAGCUGUCUGGCCCCUCUGUCCGUCGCCCUCCUCACCUCUGCAGGGCAGCAGAGCGACGUGGUGAAACGAGGAUACCUGGGAAAGCUGGAGAGGAAACACAGGAGCUAUUUUGUCCUGAGAGAGGGAAGCCACAUCGGGCCGAGCCGACUCGAGUGGUACAAGAGCCAGGAGAAGUUCACAGCGGUGGAGAAGUCUGCUGGAAGUCUGUUCGGCUCUAGCAAACAAGGGGUGAUCUACCUGAGGUGCUGUGUCGAUGUGAGCCGCUGUGGCAGCUCCAGGAAAGGCCUCACGGUGGCGCUGUAUGCCAAAAACCAAACCAUGGUGCUGAUGGUGGAGGAGGAGGAGGAGCAGGAGGAGUGGUACCUGGCCAUUAAGAAACUGAUGGAAGAGGAGCGUAAGGAUGAGGAGCAGAGGGAUGAAGAUGAUGACGGGUACUGCACUCUGCCCCCUGCUGCUUUCUUCAAAGAGGUUUGGCCCGUCGCGGUGAAGCCCCGAGGUCUGGGUUGUACCAAGUCCCUGGCGGGGGAUAGUCGUCUCUGCCUCACAGCUUCGUCGCUCAUCCUGGUCAGAGCGGCUGCAGGCGGUGACUUGCCGUCGGUCACGAUCCCCCUGCUGAGCGUUCGCCGCUUUGGCCACCUGGACGUUUCGUUCUUCCUGGAGCUGGGCAGGUCGGCGCCAAACGGUCCUGGAGAGAUCUGGAUGGAAGCAAGAGAGCAACGGAGCCCAGCAGUAGCCCGGCACAUCCACGAGGCGGUCCGAGAGAGAGUCACAGCGCUGCGGGCCCUGCCUGACUUCAGCCGCUCUCCCACCUCCAACCAUCAGCUUCAAACCCUUCUGGCCUCCAAACGCUGCAGACCCAAACUCCGAGACAAGCAGGCAGGUGUGGGACCACUCGCUUCUCGUGCCAGAAACCCUGAAAGUCCGACCAAAUGUGACCUGGAGCCCCUCAACCCCCACGAAACAGACCCUCAUCAGAGCUCCGAGUCGAGGACUUGCGGCUACAUGGAGAUGAAGAUGGACCAACAUCUCCCGGUGAGCCAAGGGAGGGAGAAUGUGAGCAAAACGCCCUCUAUGCUUACAGGGGAGGAGGACUCGGGUCAGCAGGGGCUCGGGUACAUGGUGAUGUCUCCUCAGUUGAGCCACAGUUUGUCUGCGCUGCCUCAGGACGACUACGUGGCAAUGGCGAGCCCACAGAAACACACCAGGCCAUCUUCCUCUCCUCUCCAGACAUCCUUCAACAGCUCCACCUCUGAGAGCUCCUCCCCGCUGCACCAUCAGACUGAGAGGAGAGACAUCUGGCUGCUGGCAACCUCCAUGCAACAGUCGGAAACACAAACUGUCCAAUCACAGAUGAGCAUCAGCCAGGCGCAGGAUGACGAACGAGGGGAACGGUCGCAGCAGAUCCGCCUCCCGGCACACACCAGCACCACUCCCCCUCCGGCGAGUAGUGAUGAUGGCUCUGGUGGGAUGACUCCAUAUGACUCGGGCGUAACGAGGCUAGUCCGGGCCAGUCCGAACUCUGGCAGACUCAAAGCUGCUACGGAACGAUCCGUCCGAAGAUACCGCCUGUCUUUGUGUCUGCCUUCCUGCCUGCAAGCUGAGGACAGAAACUGAGAACUAUACAGUGUUUACAUACAGACAGAUAUGGAUGUGUUAAAUAUAUAUAUAUGUGUACAUUUGGAAGUGCAAGUCAUAAAUACAGAAAGGUCUGUUCACGAAUCAGGGCUUUAAACUCCUCAACAGAAUGUGUUUGAGAAAAAUAAAGUUGUCUCGGUGCCAGUUAUAGUCUGUUGUUUGUCUGUAAAUGCACUUACUGUAGUUUUGUCUCGAGUUCCUCGUUGUUUUUGUCAAUUAUUUGUCUCUUUUGGUGUGGAUUAAGUCAUGUCUUUUUGGUUUCUACACAGGUUUAUUUAAAAUGUUUAAAAAAAUAAAGUCGUGAGAAUGCAUAUUUGUAUAUGUUGACAGAUUUAAUUCAGACGGCUCAGGAUAAGACAGGUUUGUCCCACCUAUCAGAAUUGUCAUUAUACAUGACCUUGUACUUCCUCAUAUUUUG